CUCGAAAUUUCAAACCAGGGCGGCAGCAUGGGAAAGGAUGCUCGAGAAAGGAAGAGGAAGUUUGAGUUCCGAACACCACAGAAGCAAGCGUCGCCAUUCGUGUUCACGAAGAAGAAUCGACCCGACGACGAAAUGACCCCCGUGACCAAACCCAAGGGCAAGGCCACCGCCAAAUCCCCUUCGUUGCCGGCGAAGCAGCACGCAGACAACACGGUGGACCUUUGCACUCCCCUUCGUCCGACCACGGUACAUGCUAACUCGUCCACGAAACCCUCCACCACACCACGGGUACAUCGCAUCAGCGAAGUGGAAUCGAACGUUCGCAACCAAUUGACAUCCGCCAACGACCGUCAAAAGCUCGAGAUCUUCGACGCAUUAUGUGGUGUCUUGCAGAAGAAGAUCCAGCAUCACAUAGCGGCGCUCCAUCACGGCAAGGACUCGACGCAGCUCGUGCAUGUUUUGGACGCGGCGGCGGAUGCGAUCAAGCGAGAGUUCGUCGCCCCAGCAGACCCGUCCCCAUCAAGUCACGCCCACGACAGCGGGAAUACAGUGCACGCAGUCGUUGCAUCGCUUGAAGCAAAGUUGCAAAGCUUGAACGACUGCGAACAAGAAUGGAGAGCUUUUGAAGACGCUGUACCUUCAACUUUGACAUCUGCUGCGUCGCCGCCUUCGUUUUCGUCCGAGAGUCCGUUUCAUUAUUGUUCAUCAUUUCCCGUUCAAAUUGCCACAGACCAGCGGUCGUUAACUGCGCGAGUGACGGAUGUUGGCACCAAGAUGCAGUUCGUGGAGGCGUCUUUGGGCGACGUGGAUCGGAUGGUUGACGUAUCUCAUGCUGUCCGUGGCUCGCUGUUUAAUGCAUUCCACGCGACUGAAUUCAAAGGCUACGACCACAUGCACACGCCCAAGGAAGCUAUCAAGUCGCUUAUGGCACUCUUGUCGUAACUUGUUGGGGACUUGUGUGUGAACCUUGUGGAAAUAACGAUAAAAGAGGUGUUGUUGUUUAUUGCAAA